AUGUGGGAAAUUUUGAUCUAUGCAUUUUCCAUGUUCAUGACAGGAGCGUUGUUAUUCCUUAUGGUUUACUCUAUUAUAACACUGUCAGAUCUUGAAUGUGAUUAUUUAAAUGCUCAAGAAUGUUGUAACAGACUGAAUUUUUGGGUACGACCAAAAAUUGUUGCACAAACAAUAAUAGUUGUAGGAUUUUUGACUGAUGGCAAUUUAUGGAUGACCCUUGUAAAUAUACCAGCUGCUGCAUGGGUCAUUUAUGAGUUUGUCACUGUACCUAGAGGAAAUACAGGAUUAUUUGACCCAACCGAGAUUCAUCAUCGUGGGCAAUUAAAAAAGCAUAUGCGUAAUUUUGUAAUAUUUACUGGAUGGUAUCUCAUUACUUUUUUCUUCUAUUUAUAUUUCAUGAUAUUAGCUAUACUAAAAGGCAAUCCCUUGGAGACUGAAGCGCCUCAGCACGUCAACAAAUUCUAG